UUCCCAGUAGCCCCCGCGGCGCCUGUGGGCCAAGAUGGCGGCGGGGAGCGGCCCCGGGGCGCGGGAGCUCUUUGCUGAGGGGCUCCUGCAGUUCCUGCGGCCCGCGGUGCGACAGCUCGACCGCCACGUCCACAGCGUCAGGGAGAGCCAGGUGGAGCUGCGGGAGCACAUCGACAGCCUGGCCACAGAGCUCUGCCGCAUCAACGAGGACCAGAAAGUGGCGCUGGACCUCGACCCCUACGUGAAGAAGCUGCUGAACGCCCGGCGCCGCGUGGUGCUGGUUAACAACAUCCUGCAGAAUGCCCAGGAGCGGCUGCGGAGGCUGAAUCACAGCGUGGCCAAGGAGACAGUGCGGAGGAGGGCCAUGCUGGAGGCCGGGGGCUACCAGGGCAAGUGACCAGCCAGGGGAGCAGGUGACCAGCCAGGGGAGCAGGAAUCCCUGUUUAUCCCAGCUCAGGAAUUGAGGGGAUGUCCCCCAUCACCUGCAGCUGAGGGACCCGGGACGCUCCAAGCCGUAUUCCCGGAUUUGUGGGUGCUGGAAUAAAAGUGACUGAGAAUUUG